CUUUGGAGCUCCCCCAUCCCACCUGGCCCUGCACAGUUGCAGUGCUCCAGCUGUGCCCUCGCCCCAGGGCAGAGCGGAGGUGAGGAGCACCUCCCUGCCCUGCUGGCCACGCUCGGUGCAAUGCACCCCAAAAUGUGACAGCUGACCACACAAAUGAUGCCUGUCACUGUUUCCAAGAGCUGCUCUCCCCUCCCAAGGGCCGAGGGACCAAGCCCCAUGCUGGCAACCAGCUGCAGGGGCUGGAAGUUGGCCGUAGCAAGGGCAGCAAGGUGCCACGCCAUUCCUGGUGUCACACUGCGGCAGAGCUGUGAUGUGGCACAUGGAACGUCAUUGUGGUGUGGUUAGGGUGAAAUGGGUCUGGUGGCAGUGCCUUUGUGCCCUGCUGGAGGCCUUGCUCCUGUAGGGUGUAAAGCCUCCGUGGGAGAAAUCUGAAGCUGGGAAAGUAAAAAAUGGCAUUUCAGAAGGCAGUGAAAGGAACUGUUCUCAUUGGAGGAGGUGCCAUAGCAACAGUUUUUGGCCUCUCUCAAUUUUCUCAGUAUAGAAACAAACACGGCACCUUGGUGAAUGUUCAAGCUGCAGAAGCAGUGACUGUUCCCAUAAAGAACGAUUUUCCUACAAGAGAAGAGCAGAUUUCCACGCUAAAAAACACACCUGAGUUUGAUGUUCUUAUCAUAGGUGGAGGAGCAACAGGAUGUGGUUGUGCCUUAGAUGCAGUCACUAGAGGACUAAAAACAGCCCUUCUAGAAAGAGAUGAUUUCUCAUCAGGGACCAGCAGCAGGAGUACUAAAUUGAUCCAUGGUGGAGUGAGAUAUCUUCAGAAGGCCAUCAUGAAGUUGGAUUUUGAGCAGUACAAGAUGGUGAAAGAAGCACUCCAGGAGCGUGCAAACCUACUUGAAAUAGCUCCUCACCUAUCAGCUCCUUUGCCUAUCAUGCUGCCUGUUUACAAAUGGUGGCAGUUGCCAUAUUACUGGAUUGGAAUAAAACUGUAUGACCUUGUGGCAGGAAGUCAGUGUCUAAAAAGAAGUUAUGUCCUCAGCAAGUCGAGAGCCUUGGAGCACUUCCCAAUGCUGCGCAAAGACAAGCUUGUUGGAGCUAUUGUCUAUUAUGAUGGACAGCACAACGACGCGCGGAUGAACCUCGCCAUCGCCCUCACCGCUGCCAGGUACGGCGCUGCCACCGCCAAUUACACUGAAGUGCUGCGCCUGCUGAAGAGGACGGAGCCGGGCAGCGGCAAGCAGCGCGUGUGCGGGGCACGCUGCAGGGACGUCCUCACAGGGCAGGAAUUUGAUGUCAAAGCCAAAUGUGUUAUCAAUGCUACAGGACCUUUCACCGACUCAGUGCGCAAAAUGGAUGAUCAGGAAGUACCCAACAUCUGUCAGCCCAGCGCGGGCGUGCACAUCGUGAUGCCGGGUUAUUACAGCCCUGAUAACAUGGGUCUGCUCGACCCAGCCACCAGCGACGGCAGAGUGAUUUUCUUCCUGCCUUGGGAGAAGAUGACUAUUGCAGGGACCACAGACAGCCCCACCGAUGUCACCUCCCAUCCCAUACCGACAGAAGAAGAUAUCAACUUCAUUCUGAGUGAAGUGCGCAACUACCUUAGUGUUGAUGUUGAAGUGAGAAGAGGUGACGUGUUGGCAGCCUGGAGUGGCAUUCGUCCUCUGGUCACUGACCCCAACUCCAAAGACACGCAGUCGAUCUGCCGGAACCACGUUGUUGCUGUCAGUGACAGUGGCCUCGUCACCAUAGCAGGUGGGAAGUGGACAACGUACCGUGCCAUGGCUCAGGAUACCAUUGAUGCUGCUAUUCAGGCACACAACCUGCCUGCGGGUUCCAGUAAGACCAUUGGGCUGCUGCUCCAAGGGGCUGAGGACUGGAGCCCCACGCUGUACAUUAGGUUGGUCCAGGACUAUGGACUUGAGAGCGAGGUGGCUCAACAUCUGGCUUCUACAUAUGGUGACAAGGCUUUCGAGGUGGCCAAAAUAGCCCAAGUUACAGGAAAGAGAUGGCCUAUUGUUGGAAAACGUCUUGUGUCUGAAUUUCCUUAUAUUGAAGCUGAGGUCAUCUAUGGUGUGAAGGAGUAUGCCCGCACUGCUGUGGAUAUCAUUUCCCGGCGGACUCGCUUGGCCUUCCUGAAUGUGCAGGCUGCUGAGGAAGCUCUGCCAAGGAUCGUAGACAUAAUGGGGAAAGAACUUAACUGGAACGAGCAGAAAAAAAAGGAAGAACUUGAAGCUGCAAGAAAAUUUCUGUAUUAUGAAAUGGGCUACAAAGUAAAAUCUGACCAAUUAACAGACAGCUCUGAAAUCACUCUAGUGCCUUCAGAUAUUGAAAGGUACAAGAAGCGAUUCCACAUGUUUGACAAGGACAAGAAGGGCUUUAUUACUAUACUGGAUGUGCAGCGUGUCUUGGAGAGCAUCAGCGUGCAGAUUGAUGAAAAAACACUCCACGAUAUUCUGCAUGAAGUAGAUCUGAACAAGAACGGGCAGGUGGAGCUCAUUGAGUUUUUGCAGCUGAUGAGUGCCAUUCAGAAGGGCUACGUCUCCGGCAGCAGGCUGGCUGUGCUCAUGAAGACAGCUGAGGAGAACCUGCGGCAGCGCGCGGUGAUCCCGGUGGACCGCAGCGGCGGAGGGCUGUAGCUCAGCACAGCUGCAUCUGCUGACAAACAUUCCAGUGCUCCCCAAUGUCCUUGCUCGUUCAAGGUGACUGAUAUCUGUAAAAACACGUGGGUGCGUUUGUUUUCUGUACUAAUGGUUUUCUGUACAGCUCUUAACACUCCGGUAUGUGGCCUUUUGGAUUGGGUACGCUUCAGACACAUGAGUUUAUUAAGAGGGGUUCUGGAAUAUGGUCUGGAAACACUGGUGCACACACAAGCACAUGGGCACUGCCUUGCUCAUUAACUUCUAGAUCACCUUUACCUUUAAAAAAAAAAAAAAAAGUGAUUCCUGCCUUUAAAGAGAGCGUUGCAUUGAGAUUUGCAAAUAGGCAUUUAGUAUUUAAAAGCUGCUGAUCUGACUGCUUCAACAAAGGGCAGCAGAGGGAAGGCUGGUGCCUGGGAUUUGAGAUAGCUUCACAAAAGGAGCAAAAGUUCACCUUCUGAGGGUACCAGGUACAGUAAGGAGCUGGCUGGUGAGUGACUGCCCUUCCACAGGUGCUGGGCUUUGCUCUCUUGGGGCGUGUAUUAUUUCAGCAGUACAGUACUUGGCCAGACACAAGUAUCAGCAGUACAAAGCUGAAAAACAACACACAACCCAUCACUCCAACUAAUAACCCAGCGAGCAGCUAGUGGCCAGCUUCCCUUUCUCCACAUUAACAACAAGAAGCUUCCUUCAGUCGGCAGCAUCCUUUAGCAGGUGGUGUGUUAUGCUGUGAAGUGCUCUGUACUGUUUCCAGUUUGGGACAAAUAUGUAAAAUAUGAUGGUUUUUGAUAACAAGUCUUAAUUUAUUUAAAAACUCAGAUUAGAUUUCAUAGAUUUCUUGAGUAUAAAUACCAGCUGACAAAACAGGACCCUCCGUUCCAAGGGCUCAGGAUUUCUCCUUAUGUAAAAUCUGAUCUUUUAACUGAUGUCAUCACUUUCACUAAUGGAAACAGCGCUGUAACAGCCAGCAAAGAUUACUUCUGUAUCUUAAGGGAAAAUGACUGCAUGUGCAAAAUGGAGGGACUGAGGAGUGUUGGGAUGUAGCUGAGUGAGUUGGGUGUUUGGGGCUGGACAGGGGAGAGUGAUUUUAAGAAUAAAUAAAACACAAAGCUUUGAAAAGCAGAUCUUUAAAAUGAACACAAACCAGUGGGUUUCCGGGUUUCUCUCCAGAAAUGCUGUCUCAGAUGCUUUCCAAAUGGUUUCUGCAUGUUGAAUUGAUGUCGUAGAGCUGCUUUGUACCAGAACUGUGCUGCUGUGGGUUCUGGCCGUUCUGCUGUGAGAUUUGUAGCAUUGGGCACAGCCCAUGGGAGCGGUGAGUGAGUGUUGACAACGUGUUUUAUGAAUGGCUUCUGUGGUACUGUCAACUUUUUUGAGUGUGUUCCAGUAGUUUCAAGUAAAGUAUGUACAUAUUCCA